CUCUGCGAACUGGUUUCUCAGGGAGAACGGUAGCGGAUACCCGCCUGUCGCACUCACCGACCGCUUUCUCUCCGGUGCAUUUCCUCUGCACCAGCGGUCGCAGAAACGUCGUUGCUCAUACCACGGUGCAGAGAGACGCUCCGCUGUGCCGCAGUAUUCGCAAUACGUAGCCAGGAUAUUAUGUAUCCGAGCCUAUAUAUAUAGAAGAGCGGAUUGUCGAGUGUCGCGCGCUCUCGGUCUUCGGCAUGCCCGUGGCUCUGUACAACCAGUACGGCAGCCCGCCCUACGCAUUCGUGCGCAUGGUGGCCAGACACGUCGGAGUUGACCUGGAUCUACGGAACCUGGAUAUGUUCAAAGGCGACCACGUGACACCGGAGUAUAUCUCACUGAACCCUUACCACAAGGCGCCGACCAUAGACGACAAUGGAUUCAUCCUGUACGAAAGCUCUGCGAUCGCUUACUACCUGAUCAACAAUUAUGCACCGUCAUCAACUCUGUACCCGUCAUGCCCCAAGCUUCGAGCACAGGUGGACCAAGUGCUGGCAACCGUGACCAGCACCAUACAGCCCCACUACUUCGCUUUCUUCAAACCAAGGUUUUUCGACCUCAAGCAUCCAACGCCAGAGGAAUUCGCAGCUUUCGAAGAAAACGUCCUGGGUGGCCUGCAGCAUCACGUGGGCAAGGACGGCGGCUACGCCGUAGGCGACUCGCUCACUCUAGCGGAUCUCACAUUGUUGGCGCACCUCACCCUGUGCCAGGAGCUGCCCGUUCUUCGGAGGGACCGAUUUCCUAGGCUUCGAGCGUUCUACACAAGCGUGAAGACAACGCUUCCUUACUUCGGUGAAAUUAAUAACCAAGGCAUAGACCUGGUAAACGAGCGUCUUGAAGGAUUAAAAUGAAGUGCAACACAUACGGUGACCAGUUCCUUAGCAUACAGUUCAGCUUGCAAGGAACUCAUUGACAUGAAUGUUUCAUGAUAAAUUAUGAAUGAAACGAGAGGUUACAGAGAAAUUAAGUUUUUAUUACUAAGAUGUACGACAUUUUGGCUGUGCGUGCAUUGUCAUUUUGCUUGCGCAUGCAAAUGCCCCAUGGCAACGCCUGUCGCCCAGCUCUUGUGAUCAAAUACUUGAUUAAACUUCAUAGUUACGCGUCUCCUCGCUUUUCAUCACCGUAGUCGUCUGCGCAUAUUACUUCUAGGGAGGUAACGUCAAUUGGCCUGUGGUGGCCGAUAGAUAGGGGCACGGAAGAUAUAUCUGUGUGCUUUCGUCCAGACUUGUAGAGCACGGUUACGUCUAGGGACCAGGACUUUAAACUGCAUGCUUACUUUUUCCUUACGUCCUUAUUCUGCCCAUUUAACAGGUAAGCACACAUUGUGGGUCAACAAAAACGCUUAGUGGCACCUUUAUCAUGUCUACCAAAACUUAUCUUGAUGUUGGUGGUCUAUAUUGAAUUUCCAUGGUCUAAAGUGCCUUUUCACGCUUUCUUUCCUAGUCUCCUUUUUAUAUAAUGUUAUAAUCCAGUGGAGGAACUUGUAAAGACAGCCAAUUAAUACCAAGAACACUUUGCCUGGGUAAAUGCUGGUAUUAACAGCUUUGAAGCAGACUAGAGCCUCACUGUGAGGGGGGUGGGCUCGAACUGCUCUGUGUGAAGAUAAACUUGUAGGUGAUUUAGUAUGCUUG